AUGUUGAUAUCCCUUUGGCCGGAUAAUAAAUUACAUAAAUGGGUUAUUGGAAUUUCAAUACUCUUCAUAUGUUUUUUGGGGUCUAAAAUAUUCCUUAAUAAUGAAAGUUUUACCUUUUCCAGGCUUUUUAGUUUUAUAAAACAAAAUAGUCUACCUCAAAUAAUCAUCAAUAUACCCACUAAUUUUGAUUAUGACGUGAAUACGCCUAAUUGUAAAAUUAGACGUCUCAAUCCGAAGGAUAAAAGCAUAUUGCACUUUAUUGGCAGAACAGUGGGCCCCUUAACCUGUUCCAAAGUCCCGGCCCUAACCACACUUCAAAAUUCUAUUUUAAAAAUCAAUUACAAUGUCCUUAAGAAAUAUUACAAGAAGAUAAAUCUGGAUUUUUGCAAAUAUCAUGUUAUACUAAGAGAUUACAAAGCUAAAAACCCGGACGAUUACACCAAAUUGUCCUUAGACGAAAUAGUUUUUAAAAAUCAUACUUUUGUAAGAGAAGAUUUUGUGAUGGUCAAAUGUUAUGAUAAGAAAAAGGGAGCGAAAGGGGGGGUUAUCUUCUAUAACAAUACACACGCUAAUGGUGUUAUAGACGCAAUAACCUACCUAAAAUAUAGACGCAAAAGUAAUAGAACUAGGCCUAAUCCCAAGAACUACAAGAUAUUUUUAACCUCACCCAUUAAAAUAAAUAAAAUUAAAGUUGGAAAUAGUCCAAAAGUCAAAAAUAACAAGAAUAAAAAAAUACUGAGUGUUCUCAUGGUUGGUAUAGAUUCCACCUCCCGCUUAAAUUUCCUUCGCGGACUACCAAAUACUCAUCGUUAUUUAUCCUCGCAAAGAAAGGAUAACUUUAUGUUCAAUGGGUAUAUUAAAGUAGGAGACAACACCUUUCCCAAUUUGGUACCAUUGUUGAGUGGAAAGUUUAUAGAGGAAUAUCCUAAAAGCUUUGGUAAGAUAUACUUCGACAACAUUAGUUUUGUGUGGAAAGCGUAUAGAAAGAGUAAAAUUGAUUAUGCGACCGCUUUUAUAGAAGACACGCCAAACCUGGCAACUUUUAAUUAUGUCAGAAAAGGAUUUUAUGAUCCUCCCACUGAUUUUUAUUAUCGUCCCUAUUCGAUAGAAUCAAACAAAUUAUUUAGAAAGGAGGAGGAUUGUAUACAGGAUAAACACGAAGUACAGGCAUUGUUGGAAUAUUCCAAAGAUUUAAUGGUCUCUUUGAAGUCUUGGCCUUAUUUUUGUCUCACCUACACAACUCAACUGACUCAUAAUUACUUGAAUAACAUUAAAUAUUUAGAUAAAUUGUUCCUAAACUACUUUAAGAGCUUAUUCGCUUCUAAAUCCCUAGAAAAUACGGUGGUGAUUAUUUUUGGAGAUCAUGGUAUGAGAUAUGGCGAUUUCAGAAAAACUUUUAUUGGUAUGAUGGAAGAAAGAUUACCGCUACUCUUUGUCUUGCCUCCAGCUUGGUUCUUAUCUAAAUACCCUUCAAUUCAUUACAACAUGAAAAUAAAUACUAAACGCAUACUGUCACCUUUUGAUGUUCAUAAAACACUUCUGCAUCUGAUUAAACUUAACGAACACGGAGCAUAUACUGAUUCAAAAUUUGAUCAUAAAGUUCGUGGUUUUAGCUUUUUAGAAGAAAUUCCAUUUAACAGAAGCUGCGAAUCAGCAGAAAUUCCACUUCAUUACUGCCCUUGCAAUUUGAUAGGAGGAGGAUUAAUCGAGUCAAAUCAAAGGGAGGAGUUAAAAGUUUCAGCUCUGGCCAUAGUGGCCACAAUCAACACACUAUUAAAACCAGUUCAAAACGUGUGCAAAGUCUUGGCAUUAAGCAAUCUUGAUACCGCAAGGAUAUUUAGUUUAGAAAAUCAGGAAUAUGGCUCUGAGAAUUCUAUAAAUUUCCUUAAGAAUCGUCGCUUUUCAAAAAUUCGUUUGCUGCUAACUAUAGAGGUUGAGCCAAGUGAAGCUCUAUUUGAAGCAUCUUUAGGGUUUAACUCAAUAUCACAGUUGUUUGAUAAAGUCAUAGGAGACAUUUCGCGGGUAAACAAGUAUUACAAUCAAUCAUGGUGCAUAAGUGACCCAGUUAUGAAAAAAUAUUGUUUUUGUAAAAUUCAACCUUUGAAAUCUAAAAGAUCCAGAAAAGGGUAA